UUUACAUCGGCUCGAGCUGCCCCAAUUGAACUUCACCACUUUCAUUGCCUGAGGAUCCCGACAAGCACAUCACGACAGGAGACUGCGAUACGACAUUCGAUAGAUACUGGUCGACAUGUCAACCACCAAAGAAACCGAGGCCGCCGCGCCAGAGCCCGUCCCCGAAUACAUUACCAAAUGCCGUCUUUCCAUUCCGGAUGCCGUGCGAAUCCCCCUUGCGUCGAGCACUGCUUUGCUCAUUGGCUUCACACUCGGAAUGAGCCAAGGCAUCAAGACAGCCGGUAUGCGCUUUCGUGCCGAACACGCCCAUAAGCUGCCGACCACCAAGAUGGGAUGGUACUUUUACCACAAGAGCAAGAACUACAACUCAAUCUGGGGCGGCGCCAAGGAGGGUGCCAGGAUGGGAGCCAAGAUUUGCUUCUGGACAACAGCCAUGUUUGGCAUCGAGCACAUGUUUGACGCCUAUCGUGGGACGGCCGACAUCUUCAACACUGUAACCGCCUGUGUGACUGUUGCGGGAGCCUUCAGUCUAUGGAAUCGUUUUUCUUUGCCCAUGGCGGCCCGAACAACCAAAACUGCCCUGGUCGUAGGUCUCGCAUACGGAGGCUUGCAGGAUGUAGCUGGCAUCGCAAGAGGUCGGCCCAUCGGAUAUGUCGAAUUCCUCAAGCGCCGCGUUGGCGGCUUUAAGAAUACCGUGGACGAAAACCAGAAGGAGCGGGUGAUUUAAAAACGAUAAAAGCCCAAUCCUCUCUGUCCACACUUUCGCCCAAAGGUGCAUCCCAAUCCGAUCGGUGAAGAGAUACAAAAACACAAGGUUGGUUAGUUGCUCUUCAAUGU